GGUCAGCGGCCAUUUCCCCGGACGAGUAUUCAGAACGCACAGGCAGAGGUGCUAGCGGAACCUUUCUCCUCCGCUCGUUCUCGCUUCCCCUCGAGCCCAGUUGGCGUCGGACGCAGUAGUGGAAGCUUUUUAAACAUGGAGACGGCCGGUCCCGGAUCUGGGCCGUCGUCCUCGCGUCUCGAGGCACCGGGAUCCGCAGACGAUCCGCUUUUCCUGGUGAAAGGUGGAGUUUUCCUUGGUACUGUGGCUGCAGCAGGAAUGCUAGCCGGAUUUGUUACAACAUUAUCAUUGGCUAAAAAGAAAAGCCCUGAAUGGUUCAAUAAGGGAAGUAUGGCUACAGCUGCUUUACCAGAGAGCGGGUCUUCCCUUGCCUUACGAGCCCUGGGUUGGGGCUCACUUUAUGCAUGGUGUGGGGUUGGUGUGAUCAGCUUCGCAGUCUGGAAAGCUUUAGGAGUUCACAGUGGUCCAUCUGCCCCGGUGGCUUCAUCCACACACAGAGGGCUGCCAGGUCUGUGUCUCUAGUCGACCUCUGAGCUCCUUGCCCAUAGACCACUUGCCUGGACACUGAUGCUUGGAUGUCCUGCAGGCGUCAUGUGUGUUCCUACCUGAACUGUUAUUUCCUGCCCCUCACCCCGUCCCCACCCUGCAUCCUACUCCUGGAGCGCUCACGGUGAACGGCAGCAUCAUCCACAGAGCUGCCCCGAAAGACUGUGGAUUCUGGAUUCUGUUCAUGACGUUUUCUUGCUACUGUAUCUAAUCACUCACCAAGUCUUGCUUCUCCCACACUCCCACUGUCGGAGUUGGAGGUAUCUCCCUGUCCCAAGAUUGUCACGACGGACCUCUGCUCUCCCUGCCUCACUGGCCUCUCCGUAGUCCUUGCUGCACACUUUGAAAGAGGGCUCUGGCCUUCAUCUUCCCCAGAUUUCUCCCUGCAUCUGUACCACUCACUCUGCCUUUUUCAUGUCACCAUGGGCAAGAUGUCCAUGCUGCUCCCAAAGGCCCACCACGGCCAUCUGCCAAAGAACCUUGCUCCCAGAAUUGACCUCAGCCUUUGCUGAUUGUCAGUUUUCCAUCCGCUGCAGCGUGUACAGACACAUUCCAGUUCCUCCCGCCUCUGCAGAUUCUCUCUUGAUGUUCCUCAUCUUGCUCCAGCCAUCAGCGCACUCAUUGCCUUCCCUUCCCUAGAACAGAUUUCCGGAAAGAGCUGCCGUGGUCACUGCCUGCACUUCCUCCCCUUUCUCUCCUCAGCGCAGCUGCUUUUCCAGCUGCAGCGGAAGCUGCUGGUCAGUGUCCCCAGUGUCCUCCGUGUUGCCACACCCAGGUCUUCUCUCCAUCACCCUAUUACUUGACCUCUCAGCAACAUUUGACACAGUUGAGCAUUCUGUCCUCCGUGAAACUCUGUCUUUGGGCCUCUGAGACACCCUUGACCUCACUGGCCAUUUUUGCACAUCUUUGCUGACUCCUUUCUGGCAGACCUCUAAACAUGGGGCUAUCCACUGGCUUCAUAUUUGCACUCUUGUGUUCUCCGCCUGUGCUCAGACCCUCAGUCCUCUCAAUUAUAGUCCUCGGCAUUUUAAAACAAUCUGUACAAUCUGAUGUCAGAUUUGCCCUGAAGCUGCAUGUUGUACAUCAUCAGCUGUGUGUCCCAGAGGCACGCCAGCAACCUGUGUCGUAUCAGAACCCUCGGUUUCCUCACCACCUCUCCUCCUGGCUUGCUCUUCCCCUCUUCUUUCCCAUUUCAGUCAGCAUCACUCCCAUCCCCCCAGUUCAAGCCAAAAACCCAACAGAGACUCAUCUUGGCUUCUCUCAUAUUCCCUUCCUUCCCUUCAUGUCAUCUAUGGGCAGGUCCUGCUCGUUGGCUAUGCUGCUAAACACAGCCUGGCUCCUUUCCUCUCCUCCACCACCAUUCACCUUUUGCCCAGCAUAGGGAAGGUUUCCUGGCCUCUCUUUGACUUCCCCUGAACUUUUCCUCCACACAGCAGCUGGAGAUAUCUGUAAAGUGUCAGAUCACAUCACUCCUCUGCAAAACUCUUCAGUGGCUCCCAGUGAAGAAGUCUUGGGGGAUGGUGGACGCCUGGGUGGCUCAGUCGGUUAAGUGUCUGCCUUCAGCUCAGGUCAUGAUCCCAGGGUCCUGGGAUCGAGUCCUGCAUUGGGCUCCUUGCUCAGCUGGGAGCCUGCUUUCC